AUGGCAACAAUAUCAGAACUGGUGCAGAAUUGUUUCGCCCAGUUCAACUCGUUAAUCAAAUCAGAGCUGCUUGUGGAUUGCACCGAGGUUUCCUUACAGGAUUGGAGGGAUGAGCUGGGUCGACUUCGUGUGUGGGCAGCAAAUAUCGGUGCUCAUCAAACCCGUCAAUCCUCACUAGACUACCGCCUGAGAGAUGCCUCCCAUAUCAAAAGUCAAAUAGUAGUGCUCUUGGGUCAGGUACAAGAGCUACUAACUGAUCUGGAGGAUGUACUUGAGGAGCAGGACGAUGAAGGAUCCCAAAUUCAUGACUCUGAAUACAUUGAUGACGUCUCAGAGAGUGAGCCCUCCAUGUCGGAGAUCCAGGAGAUUCAUGAAGGCCUUGUUGACACAAUAGGGCAACUCUACCAAAUGUCCAUGCUCAUCCGUAAACCAUCCCAGCACGAUCGCUUGGUUGGUACAGAGAAGGCAGACUCUGAACCAUUUCAAUUUUGGGCUAAAAGUCAUACAUCUGAAAAAUAUCCAAAUGCGGAUCCACUGGCCAUCGAUCGCAUCAGCUCUGCAAUGGCGCGACAACGGGCUGUGCUCAAAUACAGAGAGCGGCAUCAUGAAAAGUUAGGCAAGGGAAUUGACCCUGAAGGUGAUGGCAAAUCAACAGUGCUAUCGGAAACGGUAGUGACGGAUGUAUUCAAAGAGAUUCCGGGCCAAAUAAGCGACUUGAUCUCCGAGGCUGGUGUAUCUGAAACCUCAUAUGGAGGUACCCUCCUCGAGGGUACUGGUUCAGAUGCACCGAAGAUACCACCGCGUCCGAAAGGGGCAGAGAAUGGACCUUUCGAGUGUCCUUAUUGCUUCUAUAUUAUUACCGCUAAAGACAAGAAGUCAUGGGCGCGACACAUUUUCCGCGAUCUCAUGCCAUACGUCUGUAUCUUCCCUGAAUGUCCGACACCAAAUAAGCUCUAUGAGAGUCGUCGACAAUGGCAUCAUCACAUCACGCAAGCACAUGUCAAUUCGACAGCUCAAAAGGAUAACUAUGACUGCUCUAUCUGCAGAAGAGAUUCUCUUCCGAUGUCCAACUUUCAGAAGCAUGUAGGUCAGCACCUAGAAGAGCUUGCGCUCUUUCUGUUACCGCGAACAGACUCAGACUCAGAUGAGGAUGAGAAUGGAGACACCGAUGAAGAAAAAGAAGGCAACAGUACCGAUGAAAAUGCCAGUGAGGCAUCUGUCAACGGAUAUCUGGAAGAGGAUCUUACAGAGAACCCCGAUAUCACUGAUAGUGCGGAGGUACUCUCUGAGUCCAACCAUAUCGACGACACGCUAUCAGAAGAACUGCGGAAUCAGAGCGAAGAUCGCCCUUCUCCGAUAAUGGAAUACUCUAGCGACCCAUUUUCCAUCGUCAUCGGAGCGGCAGCGAAGGCUGAGCAGGAGGAAAAAUUCGCACAUGAUCGGGAAGUUGCGCGAGAAGCAAUUAUUAUGGAAGAGAGGGAGCGCGUUUAUAAAGAUGAAGAGGCUAGAGCAAAAGAACUGGCAAUCGCUGCUGAGGAUAUGUCUGCUCAUACGACAGCGGAACUCUUCCCAGAGAAUCACUCUGAAAAGUGGACAGAAAAUGAUCACCACCCCGAGUCCGAGUAUACAGCAAAAAUAACGAAUACUACUGAUUUGCACCGCGGGCGAUCCACGGGUAGGACGAGCCCCGAGAAUGGUGCUCACAACCCAACCGAGGACUCCGACGAUGAAGUUGAGGAUUUACUAGUAGAUGGUUCACCCGCCACUCACACACGUAACGAUCGGCAACUACCAUCCAGUUCUAUCUCUGCAGAUGCUAACGAGUCUGAUCUUCCUCGGAAUCUAUUGCCUGAUCAGGGGAGCUCUAUUGACCUCGACGAUAUGGAACAGAACAGGGAUAUUGAAAAGCAGCAAGAGGAGGUUGAGGACCUAAAAAGACAUCUUGCCAAGCUCAGAGCAGUAUCAGAGACUCGGGAAAUGACUCGUGAGGAGGAAGAGGAGUAUGAGAAAUAUACCUAUGAAACUUUGGAGCGUGCAAGGCGUGUGGAGCAGCAUGAGAGAGAUUCAAAGAAGCGUGCGGCGCAAGGCAAAAAACCAAGCGAGGCGAAACUGAGGGAGCUCGAAGAAGGAGAGGGAACCAAACCGGAAGGAGAUGGUGUAAACAAUGAUCUUGAUCACGAGAUGGCUCCAGAGAUCGAUCUGAAAACGGCGAGACAAGAAAGGGAGAAAAUCAGGAAGAGAAUUCUUGAAAUGGAGGAUAAGGAGAAAAAAUCUGUUGAGGAAUGGGAGAUGGAAGAGGCCGAGAGGGCUAAAAGAGACCUGGAAUUUCGAAAUAGACUCCGCGAUGAGCUGGGUUACGAUGAGAAGGAGAUCGAUGAAAUCCUCAACAAGAAGAGCCGCGAUGAAGGAAAGAAAACAAAUGAGAGAGACAAAGGGAAGAGUAAAGAGAAUAUUCUGGAUAUCGAGAAAAGGCAGAAGCUUGAAGAGGACUUUGACUCGAAACUUCGUCAAGCGGAAGCACAUAUUGCUAGGGUUAUGCGUGACAGUCCGCCAAACCCUGAGGAAGAAAAAAAGCUUGAAGCAAAGAACGACUCCAAAGGGAAAAAUGAAGAGGAGAUUUUGGAAACCAAGACUAUUUGGAUCAAGGUAUGUCAAGUAUCAAUAUUUCAUUUGGUUUACCCAUGGACUAUAUUGACUGUUCUAGGUUCAUCGUAA